CAUCAGAUUAUCAUGCCUUUAAAUGUAUCAAAUUCCUUUUGGAAAAAGGAGCAGAUAUUAUGAUUGAUGAUAUCAAUGAACGUACAUUAAUACAUAAGUUUGGUGGAUCUCUACCAUCUCAUUUUCAUAAUAUCUAUGAAGAGAUUUUUCCUUCUGUCAACGUGGAUGAUUCCACCGUUCUUGAAUUUAUUCUUGAAAAUCUGAACCAUUCGGAAACUUCUAAAGUUUCAACCCCUGAUGUUUUUGGUCGUCAUCCUUUACAUUAUGCUGCAGCUAACGGAUUAGAAAGGGUUACCUAUACCCUUUUAGAACAUUUAAUAAGUAAUGAUCUUAUUUCCGUGCAGACUGGAUUUAAUGAUCCAUUUUGGUGGGAUAGUUAUGGUUAUACUCCAUUAUUAUAUGCAGUAUCGCAUGGCCACACCAAAAUUGUAGAUUUCAUAGUCCGUCGAUUAAAAAAUUUUGAUAUGAUCUCUAUCCCUUCUAUAAUAAAUUUCCAUAAUGAUCAUAUUCAACCAUUAAUUUUGGCAUGUAAAUUAGGGCAUUAUGAAAUGGCAAAAUUAUUGUUGUCCCAUGGUGCCGAUCCUAAUGUCCAGAAUGAAGAGGGAGAAACCUCCUUGCAUAUUUCUGCAAAAAAUGGUUUUUUGGAUUGUGUGAUGUUAUUGGUUGGGUUAGAUAACGAUCCAAGUCCGUGGAAGGCCAAUACUGAAAUUAAAGACAAAAUUUAUGGUUGGACCCCAUUAUUUGGAGCCGUCAACACUCUAUUACAGGUUGGAGCAAAAAAGAAUUUAUUGGAUUUUUUUGAAUUUACACCAUUUAUGCAUGCAAUAUUUCGGGGUCACGGUUUUAAAGAUUUAUUAAAACCAACCCUACAUGAACUAGAACCUUUGGAUUCAAAAUUAAAAAUUAUAGGCUUUAACAAAGAAAAAUAUCUUCAGGAAAACCAAUCAUUAAUAUUAGUCAUGCUCGGUACUAAUGAUACACGAAAAUCAGUGAUUCCCAUUCAACUAAAUAUCCCGAUGCAAUUAACUUCAUUAGUAGUUCGCGUCAAUAAUGCAGAUGCAGGAGAACCAGUUAUUAUUGAUCUUCCUUUGAAAGAAAAUUCAAUAAUAGAACCAUGUAUUUUUUAUAUAUCAAAUGUCAAUUCUAUGAGAACCGACGAGGAAGGAGAGGAUAAUCUUAUUACAUUGAUUUUUGAUUUAAUUCCUACAUUUGGAAUUAAAAAAAAAUUAAUAGGACGUGCAACUGCCCUACUUUCUUCGGAAUUAUAUCAUACAUCUCUUACGAGUUCCGUAUCAGUUCCUAUAAUAGGAACAGAUGUUACUGUUUUGGGAAGAAUAGUAUUUGAAUUUUUGAUAGUUAAACCCUAUAAACCCUUUAAACCCUUUCAAAAUCAAAAUUUGAAUGAACCUAAGUCCUUUUGGACUUCGUUAACCACUAAAAUCAUUGGACAUCGGGGAAUGGGUGAAUCUCCAUUUAAUGAGAAUACUUUGAUGAGUUUUCUCACUGCUGCAUCUCUCGGAGCUGAAUAUGUGGAGAUGGAUGUUCAACUUACAAAAGAUCACGUAGCAGUUGUUUAUCACGAUUGGACAUGUUCGGAGACUGGCUAUGACAUUCCAAUUAAUUCCAUAACUCUGGAACAAUUCCAGAAAAUAAAACGAUCAAACUCAGAAAAUAAACAAACAAAAGACGGGAUAUGGAAAGGGACAAUACAAGCACCUUUUACAACCCUAGAAGAGACCUUUAAAAAACUUCCCCUUUCUAUUGGAUUUAUUAUCGAAAUAAAAUAUCCAAUGGUUGACGAAGCACAAGACUUCGGUUUACCUACUUUUUAUACAGAAUUGAAUAUGUUCAUAGAUUCAAUUCUUAAUUGCGUUUUUUGCCAUGCGGGGGAACGUGACAUUAUUUUUUCAUCUUUCUCCCCAGAUAUUUGUUUGAUGCUUUCUUGGAAACAACGGAGUUUCCCAGUCUUCUUCUUAACUGACUGUGGAGUUGUAAGAUUGGCCGAUGCACGGUGCAAUUCCAUUCAACAAGCUGUUAGAUUUGCUCAAUUCGCAAGAUUAUUAGGGAUUGUUACCAAUGUCGAACCAAUUAUAGAAGCCCCAGGAUUAGUUAAGAUAAUCAAGGAUUCCAGACUAUUGUUAUUCACUUAUGGUCCGUUGAAUAAUUCUUUUUCAAAUGUACAAUUACAAAGAAGAGCUGGAGUUGAUGCAGUAAUAGUGGAUUCAGUAUUGAUCGCAAGAGGAGGGAUGACAAUAUAA